AUGGAACCAGCACAGAGCACACAAAUAAUAUCAGCUUCACUUAUGUCAACAGAAGAAGCGCUGCUCGAACACAUAGAAAUAAAAACCCUCGUCCAAUCAACACGUCAAUUCAAAAAUAUUCACACGUACUCUAUCGAUUUUCCAAAAGACGUGAAUUCUUCGCCAGCAACCACAAUAAUCGCCAAACCAGCAACCGCACAUGGACUAGCUUCCGCUAUAAUUCAAGCUUAUUCUAGACAUCAACAUUUAUGUUUAUCACCAGAUGACAUUUGGUUAACCAUUGCACAGGGUGUAAGUCGACACAUUAAUUACAAUGCAAAACGAUUUCGGCAUUAUUUUGUAAAGCAUAAGGGUAAAGAAGAAAUAACACUUGAUGUUAGUGAUAUACUUAUGACCCCUGGUUACGAUACUCCAAUCACUGGAAAUUGGCCAGAGGCAAUUGCCCGUCUAGCAAAUGAGACGGACAACAGAAUACAGAAAGUUGACUUGAAAAAAAUUAUUGAAUGCGAUUUCUCAACUUCUGAUUUCACGUCAAUUGUCACAAGCCGUAUUAUUCUAUUGGAUGCGAUGAAAGAAUACUUUGUAUAUCGUCUAACGGUUUUCGGAUGUGGAAUUCCUAAGGUCACUCUUAAAGGUACAUUAAACGAUUGGCUAAAUCUACAACAAAAAGUUACGAAUCUACGGUCUUUGGGAUUGGACUUGGAUUUUUGGUUAGAUCGUUUAGAGCCAGUUAUUGCACAAUUUGUCGCGACAUAUAAGGGAGAAGUGAGCGAAAGUUUUUGGAGCGUGGUUAGAUCUGAGACUCCGUAUGGAAGCGGGAUGCUUACUCCGAGUUGGGAUGGUUGGAUCAGUGCAUUUUUCCCAUAUGACAAAAAGGGAGUACGAUUGAGUAUGAAGGGAAUUGUUCCCGAUCAGAUACCUGAUGGAUUAUUACAUGUACCAUUUAUUGUUGAAUCACCCUUCCAGUCUAGAAAUUGCCAAAUGUCUGCUGGAUUUCUUGGUGCUAGACAAGACCUUAUUGAAAAUGAGGUAGUUGUAUCACCCGUUAUUGGGUGGUAUGUGAGUGAUGCAUAA